AUGCGCACAAAGACAUCGCAUCUCAGCCGCCUCGCGCUGGACGACGGCCGAUCCUCCGCGAUCUUCAAGGCGCCAUCGGACCACUAUCUCGUCGUCAAUCGGCUGCCGCCAGCCGCUCCUGCAGCAGCAGAAGCAGCAUCGGAUCAAGACGCCGUCGCACAGCGCCGUCGGGGGCCGAGCAGGGCGGGCAGUAACAGCUCAUUGGCGCCGCCGCUGCACUGGCACCGCGCGCAGCAGGAGGUGUUCCACGUGGUGGAAGGCUCCGCCCGAUUCACGAUUGGGGGCGAAGAGCAGGUCGCCAGCAAGGGCGAUGUGGUAGUGAUUCCGACGGGCGCAUUUCACACGUUCUGCAAUGCAAGCGAGCAGGCUGAGCUGGUCGUCGAGUUCUUCCUCGACCCGGCAAACAGAGAACGGGAUGAGGCUUACUUCAGAAAUGUCUGGAACUACCGUGACGACUGCAGAAGAGCCGGCAUCAAGAGGAGCAUCUUCCAAGCCCUUCUUUUCAUGCAUCGCGGAGGCGUCGUAAUGGCGCUUCCUGGUCCGUUGCCCAUCGCGAAGCGUCUAGGCGUUCUGUACAAUAUCAUCGGCGGGCUCAUUAUUGGCAAGUACAUUCUGGGCUACUCAGACACCUACAUUGAGUACUACGACCCGCAUGCGCAGGAGUGA